CUAAUUUGUAGUCAUUCAAUAUAUGUCCGCAAAGUUUUCUUGAUCAAGCGACGCUUCUAUUUCGUGACAAGCAACGAAUUAGGCUCAAAACACCUAACGUGUCCGUUUCUUAAGUGACCAGUGUGACAGGCUAUAGAAUCUUACAGCAACUACAUUGCAAGUGCUUGCCACAAGAGAGAAAGCUAGAUUGCAUAGGGCGCCCGCGAAACCUAGCCCUGGGGGGAUUGUCAAAGCUCGCAGUGUUAUCUUUAAAGCAUAAAAAGAAUGCCCGUGAAGAAGGGCAAGAAGGGUCCAGCCCUCAUAACGGCCGACGAGGACAUAGCGGCUUUCGGCUUUAAGCUGCACGACAUUGUGAGGACACCCCUCGGCAUCACCGCCGUGGUCAUCGGCGUCAAGUAUGAGAGUGCAGAUGACAAGCAGACGGGGCGGAUAUGGGUGAAGUACGAGAACGGGCACGAGGCGCCGCUUGAGCCCAAGCUGAACGCGGGUUUCAUGUCAUCAUUGGGCUACCGCAAGUGCUCGGAAGCGGACCACAUCCGGAGAGACGUGGGGUCUCACAUGACGGAGGCGAAAAAGCAGGACGAGGAGCGGAAAGUGGUGGAGGAGGUGCUUAGAUGCAAGGAACAGGGGCUGCCCAUUCCGGAGCACUUGUUGCCAAAGCCAAAGAAGGAGAAGAAGCCGAAGGAGGCGAAGAAAAAAUAAUCUUUAGAUGACCGUUGGAGCCGAGACACAGGGAUGCCAGCGUGGCUGGGGGGUCGGGGCAUGAAGGGGUUCGGCAACGUCAGUUGUCACCAGCGGCUAUAGUCAAGCACAGGUGCCGGGCAGUGCGCGCCGGCAAUAGUGUGAUGAGCGUGGUGCAGAACUCGCCCGCAUGCUGCUGAAGUGGGACCUGGGGCGGCUGCCGACACCAGAGGACGCGGCCGUCAUCGCCGCCAGCAUGGCGGCGACGCUGGCGUUCCUUGGCGGCGGGCCCUACGGGGGACCGCCGACACACGAGGACCCCCUGCCCCUGCCAGAGAAGUUGCGGGGGGUGGACACCCAGUACAGCAGCGGCAAUGAAACGGCCGCCCAGCUGGAGGGCCGGCACGCGGCCCAGUUCGGCAGCGGCAAGGAGACGGCCACCCAGCUGAAGGGCUGGCAGGCGGCCCAGUUCGGCAGCGGCAAUGAGACGGCCGCCCAGCUGGAGGGCCGGCGCCGGGGCGGCCGCAAGCGCCUGAAGCAGACCAACCCGGUCUACUACUUGGGGCGCGCCAUGCACCCGGGGUGCCGGAAGUGGAUCACCAUCGAGGAGGCGGUCGCUUGGUGCGGUGCAAGCACUGCCAGAAGACCGCCCAAGUCCGCAUUCAGGAGUGGGGCCUGCAGAAGGUGAAGGAGGUGAUUGACCUGUGUGACAGUGACUGAGGAGGCUGGCGUGUUCCGGUAUACCGUAUACCGUGUCUGUGGGUGCUGGUGUGUAUGGAAGGCUUGUGGUAGCACCUCAGACAAGAUUACGGCUUCAACGCAACCAAGGCUGGACGGCUUUCGGUGGAGCCGUGGGAGGCCAAGCUGGGUGGGUUUUAUGUACAAGCAGGGAUUUUGAGCAUCGAAGGUAGCGGACGUAGAUGGUCAUCGGUUGGUACUGCCACGGUGGAGCUGGAUGCGCGGCAACAUUUUAAGACGAAUUGAGACACUGGGUAUGUAGU